AUGGAGGAUAUUGUAGCGAAAAGAAAAAAGAUGAGAUGGCGACAGACUGGCAGCAUGGGCAUACAACUAGCGACGGCCAUAUUCUGCAUGCUGCCGCUCUACACAUCGUCCACGGGAGAUAUACGGCAUCAUGGAAUAUCAAGAGCUCGAGGGUGGCGCGCAGGCGUGCAACCAUCCGCUGACGUCACAGCGAACAAUACGGUCAGCAAUAUCACAGCACAGUUAGGCGGUACCGCCUACCUCCACUGCCUUGUUGGACACUUGAGUGAAAGAGGGCAAGUGUCUUGGAUAAGAAAGCGGGACUGGCAUAUCUUGAGCUCCGGAAAGUUCACAUACACCAAUGAUGAAAGGUUUCAGUCAGAGAGCCAUGUUUCGACCCAAAUAGACCGAAUCGACCGGAGUGAUACCACGACCUCACUGGAUACCAAGCGUGAAACUUCACUUACAUUGCCUGAGGAGAUGACGGAAGGCCCAAUCCUGCCUAUCAAGGAUCGAGUCUUACAUGGUGAAGGGUCUGAAGACUGGACCUUACAAAUCAAAUUCGUUCAGAAGAGGGACAAUGGCACUUAUGAAUGUCAGGUGUCAACCAGAACAGGCAUCGUCUCGCACUACGUUCGACUGCAGAUAGUGGUGCCGGAAGCCUUCAUCCUCGGUUCGGGGGAACACCACGUGGAUAUGGGCAGCGUCAUCCAUCUCAUCUGCAUUGUGGAAAAGAGCCCAACGCCACCGCAAUACGUUUUCUGGUACCACAACGACCGUAUGAUCAACUAUGACGCGACACGGGGCGGGAUUACUGUAGAAACAGAGCCAGGGGCCCGUACACAGUCCCGCCUCACAGUCCGCGGAGCCACGCUGAAGGAUUCCGGGAACUACACCUGCAGCGCGAGCAACACUGAGCCCGCUUCCAUUCAUGUCUUCGUUUCGGAAGGCAGCAACAAGAUGGCUGCUAUACUCCGACGCAACACUAGCGCCAUCCACGGUAUUACAACCAGUGGCACCUGUUUACUGCUCCUAACCUCAAUACUCUUACACUUCGGCCUCCGAUGA